AUCCCAAUCACAAAAGAGGUCUUCUCGUCGGAAAAACAUGUAGCCAUAAUUGGACAUUGCUUUGGUAACGAGACGAGACUAGAUCAAUGCAAACACUAUGUGGACAAAAAUGGGGUCAAAUGCAAAUCAAAUAAGGCUGUUGCUGUGUCGUGUCAAAGUGAUCUACCAGACCUGACGUCAGAUAUUGAUGCCUUGAUGAGCUCUGUGCAUAUUCAGAGACUACGUCUUUGGCACCUGACUUGCGCUCUUGAGGAACACUGUUUCCCAGACAGUGUUUACACUUAUAUAGCCAAUAAUCCAUCGCCUUUCCUGCCUGCUCUAAUACCCGAACAUUGGGAGUGGCACCCAUGUCACAGCCACUAUCACAGUAUGAAGGUGUUUGGUCGAUAUGAAGUUAUUGAUGUGAUGGAACGACUGGUCUCCUAUGGACACAAAGCAAGUUUCUGUCUGGAAGACAAUCGCUGCGAUGCCAAUGCCACCAAACACUUCACAUGCAGCAACGUCAUGGACACAAAAGGCAAACAAGGUAUUAGUCCCGGAUGUCAAGAUGAAUAUUUCUUCAACUACGAUUGUCAGUGGGUCGAUAUCACGGACCUUCCAGUUGGUGAUUACACUUAUCAAGUAACUUACAAUCCGGAUUACCUAGUGCCUGAAAGCAACUACUUCAAUAACGCUGUCACUUGCAAAAUGCAGUACCGCGGGAAUUGGGGUCGCUUCUACGACUGCAAGAUGGUGCAUCCGUUUGAACUGCUGUAA